UUUUCUUCAAAGGAUUCCUAUAGAUCAAAGUGGCUUAAGUUCUCAUUCAAUAUUGCCUAGCCACACAACUCUAUAUAAAGCCAUGAAAAUAAUCCAUUACCACAAUGACAAUACAAAAACCUAGCUAAUAACAAGAACUAGAAGAGUGAAUUUUCAAAUAUUGAUUUUUUAUAUGCUAUAAUUACUAGUUGAGAAAUUAUAAUAUUAGAUAUAUUUAUAUAUAUUAUGGCAAAUUUGCAAAUAGUUCCAGCUUACAAAAAUAAUGUGGAGGCUCAGUAUGUGGAGAUGAUGGUGCCACUUUAUUCUUAUGGAUGUGAGAGGAAAAUUAAGAAGUCUUUAUCUCAUCUCAAAGGAAUAUACUCAGUGAAUGUGGAUUAUCAUCAACAGAAAGUAACUGUUUGGGGAAUAUGUAACAAAUAUGAUGUGUUAACAACUGUAAAGAGCAAGAGAAAAGAUGCAAGAUUUUGGAACCCUAGCGAAAACAUUGACUUUUCGGAAGAGUCAAAGUUGGAACCAAUUUCUUCACAAUCUCCUUCUUCAAAUAAUCAUGACUACAUCUCUACUAUUUCAAUGUCCAAACCUUCUUUGGCUCUCACUAGGGUUAAAUCUUUUAGUUGGAAAGCAAUGAAGAAAGUUUUCACAAGAUCUCACUCCUUUUAAUCAUAAUAGUAAUUUAAGUGUUGUUUAAUGACAAAAGAGAGUUUUUCAAAGACUAAGAAAUGAGUGUAAAUUUGGCCUAUUAAUGGACUUCAUCUCAAUCUUAGUUUGUACAUAUUUUGUCUCAAUUCAAGUAUUAAUUUAUAGCGA